AUGCUGGGCGCCGCGGUCCUGCUGCUGGCCCUGCUCCCAGGGGUGCCCACCGUGCCCAGCGGGCCGCCUGCGCCCCCCUUCCCAGGGGCGCCCGGUCCGCGGCUGCGCCGACCCCUUUUCCACCUAGAGCUGGCGGACGCCCAGGACGCGUUCCGGCGCCGCGCGGGGCCGCUCGAGGUGCCCGCGGACAGCCGCGUGUUCGUGCAGGCGGCCCUGGCCCGGUCCUCGCCGCGCUGGAGCCUGGCCCUGCACCGCUGCUGGGUGACGCCCUCCUCACGCCCGGCCCCGGGACCCACCCUGGCGCUCCUGCGAGGGGGCUGCCCCGCCAACUCCUCCGUCACCUUCCCGCCGCCACGCCCGGGGGCCGCCCGCUUCAGCUUCCGCCUGCACCCGGUCUUCAACGCCUCCGUGCAGUUCCUGCACUGCCAGCUGAGCCGCUGCCGCCUGCGGGGAGCCCGCCGCGCUCCCGCGCCUCCGACGCCGCCGCCCCAGCCUCCGUGUCUGCCUCAGGAGGAGGGGUGCGCCGGCGGCGGCGGGAGCCUGGGCCCCCACCUGCACACCCUGACGCAGCCCAUCGUGGUCACGGUGCCGCGGCCGCCCCUCAGGCCACCCAAGGGCGCGCCCGGCAGAGCCGUCCGCCCCCAGCCUCCUGCGCCGGCCCCGGGGGCCCUGGAGCCCGCCCCGCUGGCGGCGCUGGUGGCGGCCGCCUUCCUGUUGGGCGCCGCGCUGGUCGCCGGGCUCGGCCUCGCGUGCGCGCAUUCAGCAGCCCCCAGGGGGCGCCCCUGCACUGGGCCAGCGUUCAGCUGCCCCUCCUGCUCCGGAGCCUGCCUCUCACCCCCAGCGCCCCCACCUCCCAGCCCACCCCCGAGAGCCUCGCCUAGCGACCCCCAGCCCAGAAGACCCCAGUAAGGCAGCACCGGACCGCCUGCCUCUUUAGACCUUCCCAUCUUCCCAAAUCCAGCCUCCUCCGUCUCCACUUGCACCGCCGGGCCCUGCCCUCGCUAGGACCUGGACCUCCGGCCUCUGCUCCAGCCCCCUCUCCCCUCUAGCCUAGAGCCCCCUACAUCCUUCCUGCCCGAGCUUCGAGCGCCCCUGGGCACUGACAAGUGCGAAACGGCUAGUUCCAUUGUGCAGAUGAGGAAACUGAGGCCGGGUGCAGCUCAAUCACUUGCUCAAGGUCCCCGGAGCUGGCGACCCCACAGCCCAGGCUCUUGGCUACGACAGGGCAGGCAGCUGGUUCCACAA